AUGGAAAGAGAAGGAGAGGAAAACUUACUGCUAGCCACUGAAAACGCAGAGAAGAUAUGCAGAGAUGGAGGAAAGGAAGAAGAGACCAAAGAUGAAGAAACCGCUGGAAGAAACAAGAAAAGAAAAGAAACGUUAGGUCUAGGGCUUUUUGUAACUGAGGACCCUUUAUCAAUUCUUGAUAAUUGGGACUAUAAUGAUGCAACCCCAUGUUUAUGGACUGGUGUAACUUGUGCACCAGACAUGUUUAGAGUCAUUAGUUUAGUACUCCCAAAUUCUAAGCUUAUUGGUUCUAUUCCAGAAGAAUUAGGAUUUAUUCAACAUCUUCAUACUAUUGAUCUUUCAAAUAAUUUCUUGAAUGGAACACUACCUGUUUCACUUCUCAAUGCUUCUGAACUUCAAAUUCUUUCACUGUCAAACAAUGCUAUUUCUGGUGAGCUUACUGAGUCUAUUGGAUGGUUGAAGAGCUUAAAGGUUCUAAAUCUUUCUGUCAAUGCAUUUGUAGGAAAUCUCCCACAAAAGCUAAGUUUUUUGCAGAAUAUAAAAGUUGUUUCUUUGAGUAAAAACCUAUUUUCUAGUGCAGUACCAAGUGGAUUUCAGUUUGUUGAGGUGCUGGAUCUUUCUUCUAACUUGUUGAAUGGAGCAUUGCCUGAUAAUUUUGAUGGGGAUAGUUUGAAAUACUUGAACUUUUCUUCAAACAAGUUAUCUGGUUUAGUGUCACCACAAUUUGCAAAGAAAAUACCAGCAAAUGCUGCAAUUGAUCUUUCUUUCAACAGCCUUACAGGUGAAAUCCCAGAGUCAAUAGCCUUAUCAAACCAGAAAACAGAGUUUUUUGCAGGAAAUACAGAUCUUUGUGGAAAACCACUCAAGAAACUCUGUACAAUCCCUUCAACGCCUUCAUCUCCACCUAAUAUAACCACUAAUCCUCCAGCAAUUGCAGCCAUUCCAAAGGAAAUUAACUCAACCCCACUUCCUGAACAAAAAACUGUUGUUGGCAAAGUGUGA